AAGUUUUAUUAAGAUAUAAUUCAAAAACCAUACAAUUCACAGGGUUAUACAACAAUCACCAUAAUCUAAUUUAAAACAUUUUUGUACCCCUCCCUCCAAAGGAAACUAUCCUUUAGCAGAUACUAUCCAUCCCCCAACCCCGAACACACUCCCCAGCCCUAGACAACCACUAACCUACUCUCUCAGGCUACCAAACUUAACACAGGUAAAUUAAUCACAAAUCCCAAAAAUCUACCCGAUUCUGGACCACAGUGUGAAAUUUCGUAGAUCAUUGUCCCCCUUUAGAGAUGUAUAUUGCAGAAACACAAACAUAUUGCAGCUUCAGGUCUGAUCUGCAGUUUACUAGACUCUUAGGCUGUCUGAUCGGGAGUUUAUAGUACGAGAUCCAUAUUAACAAGGGUGGUUAGUUUGGGUUGGUCUUGCUUUUUAUUGUUGCUGAAGUCAACUCCUUUUAGCAGUUUCUGCCGAAGGCAGAAAACAGAGUAACUGAAAAAACUCGCAACCUCAGGUAGCAAUUGUGAAAAGUGCCUGAAAACAAUCUCCUAGAGGGUGUUGAGCCCGCUAGAAAACAUUAGGUGAGCAGUCGCUUUUGUGACUCUUCCAACAGGCUCACCUCUUGAUGAGUGCUGUGCGUGUGGUCACGCGGGAAGCCUCAAGAAUCAGAACUCGGCGUUUCAGCGAGGCAGCAUUUUCUGAAAUUGGUCGGGUCUAGCGCGUUGCCAGGCAGAAGCGUUGCCCCUCGCGGUUGCUCUUACAAGUCGCGUGCGAAGUGACGCAAGCGGCGCGCGGUGACGCGGCGCGCGGCGCGGUGCACGCUGGGAUAUUUAAGUCUUCUCCGCGGCGCGGAGCCGCGAUGUCUCCGGCAGCUGCGGCGGCUGGAAGAGGCGACCGGCGGCGGCUGAUAGCGAGUGUCAGGGACGGUCGGGCCCGGGGCUGGGGCUGCGGAGGGCCGGCAGGGGCGGCACUGCUCGGCCUGUCGCUGCUCGGCCUCGUGCUGUACCUGGUGCCGGCGGCGGCUGCGCUGGCCUGGCUAGCUGUGGGGGCUACCGCGGCCUGGUGGGGACUGAGCCGCGAGCCCCGAAGUUCGCGCGCCUUCUCCUCGCUCGUUCGGAACGCGCGCCGUCAGCGAACACUGCUCGCCUCGCCCCCGGCCAAGUCGGCAGUAAACGGAAAUCUUCUAGAGCCGCGGAGCUUACUCGAAGGACCUGACCCCGCUGAACUGCUCCUCAUGGGCAGUUACCUGGGCAAGCCCGGCCCCCCGCAGCCCGCCUCCACCCCGGAGGCCAGGGACGUGCGGGAGAGGCCCGGCCGCCGCCCACCUGCCCGCACCGCGGCGCCAGCUCUAUCAGCCCAUCCCCACCGCGUUCAUACUCAACCCUCCCUCCCCACUCCUCUUCUCCGACCCUCUAGGAGGCCUUCCCACCGGGAUUGUGGGACUUUAUCACAUCGGUUUGUAAUAACACCUCGAAGAAGAUAUCCAAUCCAGCAGGCCCAAUAUUCCUUGCUGGGGGUACUUCCCACCGUGUGCUGGAAUGGUUGCCACAAGAAGACUGUGCUAUCCGCUCGCAAUUCCAAAAUGGUGUGCAGCCCAGUGACAGUGAGGAUUGCUCCCCCGGAUAGCAAAUUGAUUCGUUCCCCUCUACCAGAGCAGGUUAUCAGCUCAACACUGUCCUCACCAUCAACUAGUGCCCCAGACCCAUGUGCGAAGGAGACUGUGCUGAGUGCCCUCAAAGAGAGGAAGAAAAGGACAGUGGAGGAAGAAGACCAAAUAUUUGCUGAUGGCCAGGAAAAUAAAAGAAGGCGCCACGAUAGCAGUGGGAGUGGACAUUCAGCAUUUGAGCCGCUGGUGGCCAAUGGAGUCCCUGCCUCUUUUGUGCCUAAGCCUGGGUCUCUGAAGAGAGGUCUCAAUUCCCAGAGCUCAGAUGACCACUUAAAUAAGAGAUCGCGCACCUCUUCUCUGAGCUCCUUGACAAGCACGUACACAGGCGGCAUCCCCAGCUCCAGCCGCAAUGCCAUUACCAGUUCUUACAGUUCUACUCGAGGUCUCUCUCAGCUGUGGAAGAGGAGUGGUCCUAGUUCAUCUCCCUUCUCCAGCCCCGCUUCAUCCCGCUCCCAGACGCCAGAGAGGCCAGCAAAGAAAAUAAGAGAAGAGGAACUUUCUCAUCAUUCUAGCUCUUCCACGCCACUGGUAACAGACAGGGAGUCCCAGGGAGAGAAGGUUGCAGAUACAACCACAUGGAAGAAACAGAACUCAUGGAAUUCCCCAUCGACACCUGGCAGCUCAGGGCAGCGGAAACGGAAAGUUCAGCUGCUGCCGUCCCGGCGAGGGGACCAGCUGACCUUGCCUCCACCUCCCCAGCUUGGUUAUUCAAUCACUGCUGAAGACUUAGACUUGGAAAAGAAAGCUUCGUUACAGUGGUUCAACAAGAUCUUGGAGGAUAAGACUGAUACUGCCUCGACCUCUGUCCCUGAGAGCCCACCUACCAGUCAGCCUUCCUUCACUUUUACCCUGCCUGCUGCUGGGACUGCUGUCCCCACAACCUCCCUCCCAGCCCCAAGCACUAACCCACUGUUGGAGAGCUUGAAGAAGAUGCAGAACUCCCCAGGCCUACCAUCCCUCCCUGAAUCUGCUGGCAUGGCAACCACUGUGGCCCAUUCACCUCCGAAGACACCCAGCCCUCUGGCCCCUCUUGGCUCUUCACAGUCAGGGCCUCUUCCGGGCACCUCCUCAGACUCCAAACCUACAGCCACUUUCUUGGGACUGACCCCUGCUUCCCCUGGACCAGUCACUGACACCACCAAGUCAUCUCCGGCCCCUCAGGCUGAGACAUCUGCCAAAUCCCAAGCCCCGUCCGCCCCAUCCCCCACCCCCAAGCAGAACAUUCCUUUUGGAAUGCUGAGCACCCCCACUGCUAACCCUCCUGCCUCUGCAGCUCCUGCUGUGUCUUCAGCAUCUCCCAUGUUCAGUCCCGUUUUCCCACCCCCUCCCAAAAGCGAGAGUGAAGGCCCCUUGCCCUCUAGCCCUUCCAAGGUCACAGCCACAGCAUCCUCCAGCUCAGCCCUCCCCACGACUACCAGCAGCCCAUCCCUCACCUUCAAACCUGUCUUUAGCCCCAUGGGGCCACCUGCAUCUGUGCCCACAAUAACCCCCUUCUCCUUCAAGCAAACAGCUCCUCCAGCCACUACUACGAGCACCCCUCUCUUCACCGGCCAGGCCAGUGCCACUCCUGCAGUGGCUUCUGUGACCACAGCCAGCACCUCCACAGACUCUGCUCUGAAGCCCACGUUCAGCUUCUGUGUGAGCAGCGUGACCAGCACCCCAAGCAGCGUGACUAGCACCACUGCUUCCACCUCCCAGCUCUUCCUCUUUGGGACUCCCCCUGCCUCUGGUGCCAGCUUCACCCCAGCUAUGGGCUCCAUAUUCCAGUUUGGCAAGCCUCCUGCCAUGCCUGCUUCAACAGCAGUCACCACCUUUGGCCCGUCCCUUCCCAGUGCUGCUCAGACAGCCGCCAGCAGCAGCACCAGGUUUAGUGGUUUUGGCAGCACCCUUACAGCCUCCGCCCCGGCCACCACCAGCCAGCCCACACUGACAUUCAGUAGCACCACCACCCCGGCAUUCAACAUUCCCUUUGGCUCAAGUGCCAAGCCCUCCCUCCCAUCAUACCCAGGAGCCAACCCCCAGCCCAGCUUCGGAGCCACUGAUGGGCAGCAGCAGGGGGCUGCCAAGCCAACCCUUGUCCCCACCUUUGGCAGCUCCUUCACAUUUGGAAACUCUGCAGCCUCCGCCCCGACUGCAACGCCAGCGCCAGCCCCAGCCCCAGUCCAGCCGACCUUUGGCAGCACCACACAGUCCGCUUUCGGCGGCCUGAAAGCCACAGCCUCUGGCUUCGGCACCGCUGCCAGCACCCAGCCAGCCUUUGGCAGCACCACAGCCGUUUUCUCCUUUGGUGCAGCCACCACCUCUGGCUUUGGAGCUGCAACCCAGACCACCAGCAGUGGGACCAGUAGCUCUGUGUUUGGCAGCACGACGCCAUCUCCCUUCACAUUUGGGGGAUCGGCAGCCCCAGCGGGCAGUGGAGGCUUUGGCAUCAGUGUGGCUACCCCAGGCACCAGCUCUGCCUCCGGAGCCUUCAGCUUCGGAGCAGGACAGAGUGGGCCUGCUGGCAGCACGACCCCUUUUGGGGGAGGCUUGAGCCAGAACAGCCUGGGCGUGCCCAGCCAGAACACGUCCUUUGCCUUCAAUGUGGCCAGCACGCCGGACAGCAAACCUGUGUUUGGAGGCACCUCCACGCCCACCUUUGGCCAGAACGCCCCUGCUCCUGGGGUGGGCACGUCAGGCAGCAGCCUCUCCUUUGGGGCAUCCUCAACACCCACCCAGGGCUUUGUUGGAGUCGGACCUUUCGGAUCUGCGGCCCCUUCCUUUUCCAUUGGUGCGGGAUCCAAGCCUCCGGGGGCUCGGCAACGGCUACAGGCCCGGAGGCAGCACACUCGCAAGAAGUAGCCCCCGGCCCUUCCCCCCACCCCAUCCCACCCCCACCCACAUCUGGACCUCGGCACCUGCCAGAAGGAGCCUCUCGUCUUCUAGUUCCAUAAAGCAGAGCCACCCCGAACCAGUCUGGCCUCAGCCACCGGGGCAGGAGUGGCGGCUGCAGUGGCCGGUCCCUCUCUUCCAGGAAGCAGAAGCCCCAGGCCUCUGGGGAGAGGGGGAGGCAGGAAGGACGCGGCAGGGCGGAAGCCUGUGACCUUACUUGAACAGUUCCACUGGUGAGGCUGGAGAGAACGAACACACCACCUGUACAUAUCGCCCUCUUCCCUCCCUGACGCUCGUGUAGUGUAUAAGCUUCGUCAGGCGCCUCCCUUCCCGCCGAUUCCCUGAGAGCCACCUCUGCUGGAGGGUGGCAGGUAGAGCCCGCACCACUUGCAUCCCUGAUACGCAUUUGAUGGGAUUGGGGGAAGCAGCUUAUCCCUAUAGCUUUACCUUGCUUGGCUUGGCUAUAAAAAGUGCUUCUCCCCCUCUUGUCCCAUUAGAGGACUCGGUUCCCCCAUUCUUGCUGCUUUGUCCCUCACCGACUCCUUGCAGGAUCGAUUCCUUUUAAAAUGAUCCUGAAUCUAGCUUUGCCUUGGAGACCCCAGUGGGUGCUGCUCCUGCCAGGUUCAAGCCUCUGUUUCAUCUCCAACCCUCUCUGCCAGUUUGGCCCCCAAAAGCUUGGUGGCUCAAGACUGUUAGCCUGGCAGAUCCAGGGGUGACACCUCACUCCGGGAGAGGGAAGAUCUUGGAACAGGCAGGAUGCCCGCCGCCGCUUUCAGCUGCCUCCUCGCUCACCUUCCCCGUUGGCCUCCCUGGGCUUGUCUGCCUCUCCGGGAUCGUAUGUUUAAAGCCUUGUCCUGUGUUCCUUUGUCUGAUGCUCAUGUCUGUUGCUCUUUGAAUCGAGUUUGGAGGAAGAAUUGAAUUGUAUGAGUGGCGGCAUGUUGGUAGUGCCGGACUUAACUGUUUCUCAAGUUUCUGGGGCCUCGCUAAUUGAAUGUGGAAAGUAGCACCGCUUGACGGCUACAAGUGCCGAGUCUUGAAUUUUCAAAUGGUGUUUUGACUUUAAGGGCUGGCAGCCUAGGAGGAUGGGGCCGAGGAGAAGCAAAGGCCUCUUCCCUCUGUUUCUUUCCCCACCUGCCUAACCUGACUGUAGGCUGGGUCACCCGUAGUGUGAGUUAGAAAACCUAAAUUAUAAACCACAUUUUAAGAGUGUAUCUCACUCCCGCCCCUUCCUUUCUUCUUCCUUUGUUCCCAAACCACAUACUCCAGGCCCAAGAGCCUUGCUGCCACGCCCAUCCUCUUUGGGAGAAGUAUGAAUGCGUGUGUCUAAAUUAAAAGAAAAAAAUAUUUAAACAUUUUUUAACAAAAUAAAAAAUUUAUUUUUGUAUUUAAGCUAAAUUGCCUUUUAAAUUCCUUCAAGCUUGGUUCAUUGAGGUGGUUAAGUAUAAAUGCUAUUGACUAGAAAUUAGCUGUAUAGUUAAGUUAUGCCUGUGUGAAGAAGAGGCUCACGUGCUGUCCCAGGCAGCUCUUCCAAGGGACUGGAGCUCCUUCUGGAAACAGAAAAUGUAAUUCUUAUUUUAUAAAUGUGAUGUAGCUGUACUAGUCCCCCUCCCCUUUGUGACUGAGGGUGAACGUCCGCUGGCGCUGGCAGGGGACUGCGCCCCCAGGGAGAGCUCCACUACUCACCGCUGUGUGUGCAGCUGCAGAGGGACCCGAACCUCGAGCCACGGGCGGGGCGGGGCACGGGUCUGGAAGCGAGGCUCCUGCCUAUACCUUCCCGAAGGUAGACCCCUUAGGCUGGCGCGCGCGCGGAGCUCGUUUACCUCGGUUCCACGGGCAGGACCGUUGGUCCAGGAACCCCCCGAAGCAGGCGGCCUGGCGCGGCCUGAGUGUGAGUGUGUGCGUGCGGGUGUGGACGUGCACUGGACAGCGACGGGAGGCUGGGACUUUCCAUCACGACUGAAGACUGAAUCCUGUGAGUCUAGUUGGAAUUUUUAGUAUGAAUGUGAGGUUUUUCUCCUUGCUUAUGUCAUAAGAAUAAAAAACUGUGAUCUAUCGUA